CUGGCGUGUCGCGGGCACUGUAUCAGAAAGCUUGGCCCCGAGCUAAUUGAAGAGACAGGAAAAACUAAACCCGUCAAUUUCAUCACCGAGUCAAGCCACUUGUUGGCUGCGCUGGCACUGGUGUCGGUGGCGGCGUCUGGCACGCUGUUGCGCUCGAAUCAUCCAGCUAUUGUGCUGGUUUUGCGGCAGGUACAGCAGACAAACACGCCCACGCGAGACUGAGCGCGUGGCUGCACAGAAUGAAUCUCAGCACUAUCAAUUACUUACCAACUGCUUGUGCUCUGCCUGUACGGAUACUGCUGGCAGCAAUGCAAGUGGCAGUUCGGACCCCUUAUUCAGCCGCCCCUAUUCCCAUUCUACUGAGGUUUAAUCUUACUUUGGCUGCACCUUUCGCUUCUCACCUUCCGAAUCACCCGCAUAACCCCUCUGCGAUUAGGCUUCCCUGCCAAGCAUUCGACAAUGAAUAGUGGGGAGAGUCCCCACCAAAGGCCAUUGAAAGACCCUCUCGGUGUCACCUACCAGAAGCGCUGUUGGCAGCCGCAGAGGCAGCUUCAGUUGGUUCCCAUUACCUAAGAAGCACUAGCAUCUCGUUAGCCUCGUUCUCGAAGCCGCUAGCGACUCGCUACCCCGUAUUUCUGCUCAAUAGAUCGCCCGCCGGAAAUGCCCUCUGAUUCAAUUGCCAUGCCACGACAGCUGAGCUGAAAAUGGCCAUUUGCGCAUAACCUCAUUUCUGCAAUCUCUGCAGUAUAUACCGCCCUCGGCACUUAUCCCUGUCCACUCGUGGCCCCUGCUCGUCUGCUAUAGUCUCUCAUCAGCAUCAAGAGACUGUACAGAGCUUCAGUCAAGAUAAAGGAAGAGACAGAAAAGAAAGAACAGAAAAAGAAAGAAAGAAAG